UACCACCAGCCCUUCUGCUUACCGCCCUCCCCCGAGCACCGUCUGAAGGCCGGGACAGAUGGCGGGGCACACCCGGGGCGCGCAAGGAGGCCGGGAAACUUUCGGAGGGAGCCACUUCCUCGCCCAGCCCGGCGGGGGGAGAUGUCAGACGCCGGGAGGGAGGAGUGAAGGCGGGGAAGCUCCAGCUGCAACCCCUCCGUUCGCGCUGCAAGACGGCCAUUUAAGCCCCAGGCGAGAGGCCGGCGGGAGCGGCGGCAGGGAGGAGGCGGUCAGAUGUACAGUUGCCUGCACUGAGGGUUGCAGCUCAAAUAAUGAAACUGAAGAAAUGGGAACCAGUAUUAAUGAGCCCAGAUUGGUUCUUUAUCUCAAGGCGGAAUAUGUUGGCAUGACUUCUGUGAACUUAACAUGGGCAGUGAACAACACUGCUUUCAACUCCUCCAUGUACAGGAUAGAGGUUGAAAAUGGCACCUCUGUUAGGAACCUGAUGUCCAAUGCCACCAAAGCUGAAAUUACUGAGUUAAUCCCUGGCACAAUGUAUAAUUUCACAGUAUUUGCAGUAGUGAAUGAUAAUGAGACAGAAGGAAAAGGGAUAUCCAUAAGCCUGUAUACAAAGCCAAGUCAAGUCCAUGAUCUCAAGGCAGAAUAUGUUGGCUUGACUUCUGUGAACUUAACGUGGGUGGUGAGCGACACUGCUUCCAACUCCUACACAUACAGGAUAGAGGUUGGAAAUGGCACCUCUGUUAGGAAGCUGACGUCCAGUGCCCCUGAAGUUGAAAUUACUGAGUUAAUGCCUGGGACGAUGUACAAUUUCACAGUAUUUGCAGUAGCAGCUGAUAGUAAGACAGAAGCAGAAGGAUUGUCCAUAAGCCUGUAUACAAAGCCAAGUCAAGUCCAUGAUCUCAAGGCAGAAUAUGUUGGCAUGACUUCCGUGAACUUAACAUGGGCAGUGAACGACACUGCUUCCAACUCCUACACAUACAGGAUAGAGGUUAGAAAUGGCACCUCUGUUAGGAACCUGACAUCCAGUGUCCCUGAAGUUGAAAUUACAGAGUUAAUGCCUGGGACGAUGUACAAUUUCACAGUAUUUGCAGUAGCAGCUGAUGGUGAGACAGAAGCAGAAGGAUUGUCCAUAAGCCUGUACACAAAGCCAAGUCAAGUCCGUGAUCUCAAGGCAGAAUAUGUUGGCUUGACUUCUGUGAACUUAACGUGGGUGGUGAGCGACACUGCUUCCAACUCCUACACAUACAGGAUAGAGGUUGGAAAUGGCACCUCUGUUAGGAAGCUGACGUCCAGUGGCCCUGAAGUUGAAAUUACUGAGUUAAUGCCUGGGAUGAUGUACAAUUUCACAGUAAUUGCAGUAGCAGCUGAUGGUAAGACAGAAGGAGAAGGAUUGUCCAUAAGCCUGUAUACAAAGCCCAGCCCAGUUCUUGAUCCCAAGGUUAAAGACAUUGGCGUGACUUCUGUGAACUUAACAUGGGCAGUCAGCGAUACUGCUUCCUACACCUACAGGAUAGAGGUGAGAGAUGGCACCUCUGUUAGGAACUUGACGUCCAGUGUCAACGAAGCUGAAAUUACUGAGUUAAUCUCUGGGACGAUGUACAAUUUCACAGUAUUUGCAGUAGCAGCUGAUGGUGAGACAGAAGGAGAAGGAGUGUCCAUAAGCCUGUAUACAAAGCCCAGCCAAGUCGAUGAUCUCAAGGCAGAAUAUGUUGCUGUAACUUCUGUGAACUUAACAUGGGCAGUGAACGACACUGCUUCCAAUGCCUACACCUACAGGAUAGAGGUGGGAGAUGGCACCUCUGUUAGGAACCUGACGUCCAAUGUCACCCAAGCUGAAAUUACCGAGUUAAUCCCUGGGAUGAUGUACAAUUUCACAGUAUUUGCAGUAGCAGCUGAUGGUGAGACAGAAGGAGAAGGGAUGUCCGUAAGUCAAUAUACAAAGCCAAGUCAAGUCCACGAUCUCAAAGCAGAAUAUGUUGGCAUGACUUAUGUGAAUUUAACAUGGGCGGUGAGCGACACUGCUUCCAGCUCCUACACAUAUAGGAUAGAGGUUGGAAAUGGCACCUCUGUUAGGGACCUGACGUCCAGUGUCAUCAAAGUUGAAAUUACUGAGUUAAUCCCUGGGACGAUGUACAAUUUCACAGUAUUUGCAGUAGCAGCUGAUGGUGAGACAGAAGGAGAAGGGAUGUCCAUAAGUCAAUAUACAAUUCCUGCCUCGGCGAAUUUAUUUCGGUGUGAACCAGUGGCAAAUCAGUCUUUCCUAAUGCUGAAGUGGGAAUGUCCUUCUGGUAACAAUUCUGGCUUCAAAAUUAAAAUUCAAAUGUCUAAUGGCACAUGGAAAGAGGAAGAGGCUCCAUCCUGCAUGAGGGAAGGCUCAGAGGAAACCUUCAUGACAGCACCUUUAGAUUAUUUCAGCACCUAUACUGUUAAUAUUACAACUCUUUCAAAUAAUUCUGAAAGCCCUUCAGUGUCGAAAACAUGUAAUACAAGCAUUACUGAUCCACCUCGUCCAAGCGAAGCUCCUUUAGUGAAGGCAGUCAGUCACAGCUCGUUGUCUGUUGAAUUCUCUGACUUUGAGUCAAGGAAGGGACCAUUAAAAGCCUAUGCAGUAAUGAUCACAACAGAAGACGAAGGUUGUGAGUGUUUGAAGUCUAAAUUGAACAACACAUACAAAGAUUUCAAGAAGAAGAUGACAGACACCUAUGUAACAUAUGUCAUAGAUACAGAGCAGGCAAAAUCACCUUCUUUCCAUUCUCAGAGUGGUACAAACAUCGUUAAUGUAGGCAAGGGAAACUCAAUGUAUGGCUACGAAAACGGACCAUUGAUUCCACUUCAUUCAUACAGGGCAUGUGUUGCAGGUUUCACUAAUAUAAGCUUUACUAUGGCCAACAUCAUUGUGGGGGAAGAUAGUUAUGUAUCGUUUUCACCCUGCUCUCAGCUGGUUUUGCUACCCCAGGAUCCAGGGGUCAUUGCUGGAGCCGUUAUUGGAUGCCUUUUAGCUAUAUUGGCUGUAGUCGCUAUCGGGGGUUUCAUAUUCUGGAGAAGGGGAAGGAAAGAUAAAAGAAAUACUGAAGUGUCCUUUUCUCCAAUUAAAUCAAAAAUGAUUAAAGUGGAGAACUUUGAGUCCUACUUUAAGAAACAGCAAGCUGACUCCAACUGUGGUUUUGCUGAAGAGUAUGAGGAACUCAAGUCUGCUGGUGUUCAUCAGCCCAAAUUUGCUGCUGAACUUGCUGAGAACAGGGGAAAAAAUAGAUACAAUAAUGUCUUACCAUAUGAUAUUUCUCGUGUUAAACUUUCAGAUCAAAGCUCUGCAACUGAUGAUUAUAUUAAUGCAAACUAUAUGCCUGGCUAUAACUCAAAGAAGGCAUUUAUUGCUGCACAGGGUCCUUUACCCAAUACUAUAGAAGACUUCUGGCGCAUGAUUUGGGAAAAGAAUAUCUACUCUAUUGUUAUGUUGACAAAAUGUGUUGAACAAGCCCGGACAAAAUGUGAGCAAUACUGGCCAGAUAAACAACCCAAGAGCUAUGGUGACAUUAUUGUGACAAUGGUCUCAGAGAUUGUCCUUCCAGAAUGGACAAUAAGAGAUUUCACUGUAGAAAAGUCCAACACACCAGAGAGCCACACAGUGCGUCAAUUCCAUUUCACCUCCUGGCCAGACCACGGAGUGCCGGAGACAACAGACCUUCUCAUCAACUUCAGACACCUUGUUCACGAGUACAGCAGUCAAAAUCCAAUUGACUCUCCUACUCUGGUGCACUGCAGUGCCGGUGUCGGGAGGACAGGGACGUUCAUUGCCAUUGACCGCCUGAUUCAGCAGAUUGAAAUGGAGAACACUGUGGAUGUGUACGGAGUGGUGUACGAUCUUCGCAUGCACCGGCCUUUAAUGGUGCAGACUGAGGACCAGUACGUCUUCCUAAACCAGUGUGUUAUGGAUAUUAUUAGAUCCCAGAAAGACAAGAAAACUGAUCUUAUUUACCAAAACAUGACAGCAAUGGCAAUCUAUGAAAAUUUCACACCUGGGUCAAGCUUCGGGAAGGCCAACGGCUACCACGCGUAACCUGGAAGGAAGGCAGCGUCUGCGGGAGGUGUAUCUGCACAGAGCAAAGGGAGAUGUUCUACUCAUGUUUCCUGGGAUUGUGUGCAGUGUCUCACGUCUGGCUUCUGCCGUUCUCUCUGCAUUCGAAGAUGUGACCUACAGGAGGAAAACCACAAUGCUGGCAGAAGCUGCAGACUGAUAUUUAAAAAAAACAAAAUCAAGCAAAACUAUUUAAAUUUAACACAGGAAUCUUGCUUUUUCUUGGGAAUAUAACAGUGCUGAUAGGUGAAAUAGCAUUUGCAGUAUGAACAGUGAACUAGAAUUUAAAUAUUAAUAACACAAAGUUUUUAUUACAAUUUUAUAUUAUUUCAUUUUACAGACACCAGGCUUGUGGGCUGUUUUAAUAUAUUUAAGUUUCAGGAACAUAUUUUAUCUACUGUAUCUGGUUACUUAGCUAUAGAUAUGUGCCUCUGGUUUUUUUUUUCUGUGUUCCUUUUUAUUUAAAGAGGAGUACAAACAGCUCCUUCAAAUGGACAUUUGUACUUGGAAAUCGUGCCUUUUCUAGUUGCUACUCUAGGAAAAAAAAACAGCAGAGAUUCUAUUUUUGUACUGAAACUCUUAAUGAGAACACAGAUUUUUAAAUAAGGCUUAUGUCAAAUGUAACUGUAGUUGCACUGUUGGCAGGACUCUCCAGAAGUUUGGAGGUGAGCUUUGUUUUUGCGUUUCACCACAAAUAUCACCUGCCUUAAUGUUUCAGUGCCUCUGCUAGAGGAAAAGGAGUGUGGUCUGCACUCCGAGCUUUAACUAUAGUAAAAAAACUGAGCAAGUGAAUAUGUGAAUGCGUGUGCGGGGUUGCGUGUGGGUGUGUAUGAAGGACAGAAUAGCUCCUCCCUGUUUCUGGCUGGUAUUCUGGUUUUUUGUACAAUUUAUGAAGAUUUAUUUGAAGGUGCAAUAUAUGAUUUACUGAAUAAUGAUCACUCUAUUCUAAUAGAGUUUUACUCAGGUCGGUGUCUUUUCAUCAAUGUUGUUGUUUUCCUCAAAUAUAUAAAUCUGUGAAAAUGUUGAACUAAGGUUCCAAGUGUCCAAGUACCCCCAAACAGAUUGACUGGCUUUACUGUUUCUACCAAAACAAAUUGCACAACAUUCUGCUGUGAAGACCAAUUAUUCUGUUGUUUUAGCCAUUCGAAACUGAGAUACAUCUUACCUGCCUGCAUCUCAUUGAUCUAAUGUAAUUUUUUUAUAAUUAUUUGCAAUAUACUGCUGCUGUUGUUUUAACUGGUCCUUUUAAAAAUGGAACAAACAAGCAGAAGACCCCUUGUUGCUGAUGUUACAAGUCAGGGAUUAGAUUGGCUUUAUUUUGCUGGUACAUAACUGUUAGACUUAUGAAGGCAUUACCAAUGAAGGACUUCUUAAGUAGCUUGGGGGAUGUUUGUUGGUCUUCGGAUCAUUGCACUGGAUGCAUUGCAGAGGAAUAUGAAGUUUAUGAAUAAUGCUAUAGAAUAGCUAUAAAGAGGUGAAAAUCUUAUGAAGGUUUAAUAACCAGAGUUCCUUGAAUUCUGCUGCUUUUUUUUUUGUUUGGGUUUUUUCUGGUUAUUUGUUUGUUUUAGCAGAGUUGUCAGAAAAAGCUACAGAUGCUAGGACUAUAUGUGGCAUUGCAGUGGAACAUAACCACCUCACAGGAUUCACUGUCAGCUGAAAGAAAACAUAGGAAUUCCUGGUGCACAACUGUAACUUUACAGAUAUCCAGAGGAAUCUUUUACAACAUGGUGUGCUCUGUGAGCAAAACUGGAGGACAAACCACAGUGCGCUUCAGCUUUUUUUGUAGCAGCCAUUUGUGUGUUCUUGAAUAUAUAUUUUUUUGGUCUUUCUCUGAAAUACUUGUAAAUAAACAAAAUGAUCCUUCCCAACUCCAUCCAAACUGGCAGUCCCCACAUAGUGGAUCUCUCACCUGGCAUUCUUCCUAAGCUGCUGUCAGAUGACACAAAGAUAAACCACUUGGACCAAACAGAACCAUUCCAAAGGAACUGGGAGGGGAAGACAGCUCGCCCCUUACAGUCACAUUAUUUUUUUUUUUCCUCUUAAUCUUUUAAUUACUGUCCAUCUGUGUGGAGCAUAGAGCCAGUAUUCACUAUUCCAGGUCUUCCAAGAACUUGCUGCCUUAGGGUGGCAAAUGCUUUCUUGCUUCAGAAGGCCCUUGUUUAACAUAGCACAGAAGAGAGGAAGAUGAAUCUUCUGUGCUAGAUUGUGUGUUUGUGUUAUAUUGCAGCAGAACAUCAGAAAACCAGCUCGAGUGGUGUGUUUCUGCCUAACCACUGCCCAGAUACUCUUGCAGAAAACAAACCUCCCUGUCCUAUUGGUUUGAUGUUGGAAGCAGGUGCCAAAUUCUCACUUGUGUCAUCAUCUAAUGAUUAUCCAUUUUUAAUAUAACUGUAUGCAUGUGUUUUCCCAAAACUGACUCAUUGUGAGAAGGGACUGAAGUUUGAAGUAAAUGACCUGCUGAUCCCAGGUAUAGGUGGAAGCGGUUGGUAAGGCUUGAAAUGUUGUAAACACGAAAUUGGCCAUAGUGUUGAUGUGAAUAAGUGGGAUGUGCCUCAUAGGUUCUCUCUCCAGGAGGACUACAGGUAGUGCUCCUACUACCUUGUGGAUCUACCUGGUCAAGAUGACUUGAAUUCCUGCAAAUACUUUUUCCCUGCCUUCUGAUGUUCUCUGUGUUACAGUUGCCGAGAUGUCUCUUUGGUCAGUGUUUUCUCUCAUUGCUUAUCUAAAGCUUCUCGGGCUGAAAGCUCCACUGUGUGGCAAUUACAUCUCCUGCAUUUCUGUUCUACUCUUUUUCCCAUUUGGGGCCUGCUUAAGAAGGGAAAAGUGAUGUGUUUCAAAUAAGUGACUGUUGAAUAUCUUGAAAUGAUGUACAAAUUUUAUUGUUUUCAUAUUUGUUGUACAGGAAAUUUCAGCACAUGUCUAUAAUGUUUUUAAUGGUUUGAUUUGUUUUUAAAGAUAUAAAAAUAACAAUUAAAAAGCAUCAUCCUAGAGCA